AUGCCUCUCUCUUUGCCUCGUGGCCUGGGGCCUGUGAGACUGAUCAUCAUCUUCUUUAUCCUACUGUCACUCAUUCUGUUUCGAUCCUACUACAUACCAACCCCAGACCAACCCGAUUUCAGUCUUUCGUCUUCGAACACUUGGUGGAAAAGUGGCAGUUCAGCGGGCUCCGAUGAUACUGCCGAUGUCGACCUCGACCAUGAUUAUGGCUUGGAAGAUACUGGUUUCGUCCCAGCGUUGACCGAAUUUGUUGACUCCCUCGAAUCUACCUCCGUCUCCGCUUCCUCCUCCGCCUUUGCCUCCGCCUCUGGCUCUGCGUACACCCUUGCUUCUGCUUCGGUCACCGCCUCAUCCAUUCUCACACCGGCCGUGGACUAUAAUGUUCCAGCAUGUCGUCAAUUGCCGGGCGCAGAUAAAGUUGUUGUGAUUGUCAAGACUGGUGCCACCGAGGUAUUUGCUCGGAUCCCUGAGCAAAUUCUCACUCUUGCCGAAUGUGCUCCUAACUUUAUGAUUUUCUCCGACAUGGAGCAAGAGUUGGGAGACUUUCACAUCCACGAUGCAUUGGAUGAGAUCGGGACGGAGUAUAAAGAAAAUCACGAGGACUUUCAAUUCUAUAACAGCAUCCAUGCUGCCUACGCGGCCCAUGGUGAUGUGAGUGUGCUCGGAUCGGAUAAAGCUUGGAAUUUGGACAAAUGGAAGAACAUUCCCAUGCUGCACAAGGCCUACACGAGAUACCCCGAUGCAGAGUGGUAUAUUACCAUUGAUGCAGACACAUACUUGGGUUGGACAAACCUGCUACUCCUGCUCGAUCAUAUGGAUCCAGACGAACCACUAUAUGCCGGCUGUAUCUACUGGCAUGGCCCUACGGCUUUUGCCCAGGGUGGAACGGGCUACCUUUUGUCCCGUGGCGCGGUCCAGAAGUUCGAAGAGAUCAGAAGCCCCGAGAAGAUUGCCGAUUGGGAAAAGGAGACCUCGACGAUUUGCUGUGGAGAUGUCAUGCUUGGAGUUGCUAUGAGUCAAGCUGGUGUUGGUGUCAGUGGUGCCUGGCCGAUGUUCCAGGUCGAUCCGCCUUCUGCCCUAGGUUGGUCUGAUCGUUUGUGGUGUACACCAGCCAUCACCUGGCAUCAUGCGAAGGCAUAUGAAGUUGACGCUCUAUGGCAGUUCGAGAAGGAAUGGAUCAACAAAACUUGGGACCGUCGAGGUCCUGGUUCUGAGCCAUACCUUUAUCGUGAUGCUUUUGAGUAUUUUGUUCAGCCUCACAUUGAUGACACGAGGUCCGAUUGGAACAACCUCUCUGGUGACCAGACAUUCACGAAACCUACUGAGGAUCAUAUCAAUGAAGAUAAUGAUUGGGAUUGGAAGAGUGAUGAAGAAAAACAAGACUUAUGGACCAGCCUUACCAAGAUUCAAAAAAGAGCCACCAGAUCUGUUGAACAUUGCCGCGAAGCUUGUGAAGAUGAUCAUGAUUGCGUACAGUGGACCUGGCAUCCUGGAACUUGCAAAUUGAACUAUUCUAUCAAACUAGGUCACGCGGUUGGAGGAGAUCUAGAAACCACCUCAGGAUGGAUGAUGGAACGCAUAGAGGAAUUCAAGAAAGCCCGAGGAGAAUGCGACGAGCCUCAAUGGCAAGUGGAUCGAUGA